GGCCUGACGGAUGUAAAAAGUGUAGGACCAGAAAUAACUCCGACGGAUAACUUCCAACUUCCAAUCGACUCCAAUAUGCGAGUGAAAAAAAUAUACAUAGAUUUAGAUCAUAUGUGUAAAGUGGAAACAUUUGAAUUUAUCUCUACGAAGUUAAUGAAUACAGGACCAGAUUCGAUAGUUCAAAUAGGCACCCCACCAGUGAUAGCAUCUGGAGCGAAUUAUGAUGAUGAUGAUGAUGAUGUGAUUUGUACCACCGACAUUGAUCCACUCAGAAUUGACGCAGGUGAAGGAAGUCGCUUGCGAAAUAGAAAAUUCAAACGAAAAAGGGAACCAAUAGCCGACUGUUAUGUUCAUUCAAGUCUACAUACUGCCAUAGAUAUAAAAGUUGAAACAGGUGAAGAUCAUUCUGGUUUUUCUAUUUCUGAACCGUAUAAUCCAUAUCAUCAGUUACAUGAAUCUGUCACCUCCACUGUCACCAAAUCUGAAAAAAGCUCAACUCUUUACGUUGCUGACGCAGACUAUACCAAAGCUAUUCCGCAACAAAUGGUAGACAAAGCAGUGGGGACAGAACCUGCAAAACAUUGUCUCAAAGAGGAAAGGCUGAAAUUCACAUUGGAGAACACUUUGGAAAAGAAUAAAAAUUUGUCCGAAAAACUGCAUAAAGUUAAGGAUGAAUUCAGAAAGUUUCUGAAGAGUCCAUUGAAAACCAUCAGCCUGGAUGAAUACGUUCGAUACACGAACCAUUAUUUUUCCGAUAAAACGGUCGCAAAGUUUGUACUGGAUCUUUUAGAUAUCAAUCAAGAUGUUGCCGCGCAGAAAAGCCAUGCAUCAGAAGAAGGGAGAAUGUGUCAAAAUGUUGUGGAAGUACAAAAACUGUAUAAUUCUGCCGAGGAAAACUUUGAAAAAACUCGUUGUAAGGCUAGUAGAAAACGAAAAUUAGUAGCCGCUGAUAAGAUGUCAACGAUAUCUUCUAAUGACGUAAACCAGGUGAAGUUCAUCAAAUCAGAAGAAAAAUUUUCGCAACCAGUGGAGUUAUCGUGCGAUAAAAACGUAGCAAUACCUAAAAGUACUGAAGAGAUUGCGACAGGUUGCUCGAAACUGAGAAACGUCAGAAUUAAGGCGACCAAACCAGAUCAAAAACCAGCGAAGCCUGUGAAGAUAGAAUCUGAUCAGAAUAUCGUAUUAAAGUCAGAAUUGUUGGAGGACUGUUUACCGUCAUAUACGAAGCUUCGUAACAUGGUAAGGGCUGCCAUACAGCCGGGCGUCACGAAAACGUGGAUGAACUUGUUGAAAAUCAAAGUUGAUACUUUCAACGAUUACCAAAGACCGUGCGUUCUGUAUGUAGACGAAGUGCCGCUGAAGCCGAAGAUUUUCUACAACAUCACGUACGAUAAGGUUAUUGGGGUCGUCAUCGACUCGGCUACAGGCGACGUCGCUCCCGCCCGUUACGUGACCGUCGUAAUGGCGCAAGGCGUUUGCGCCCCCUGGCGGCAACCGAUCGCGUACCACUUCAACGGCAGCCGAUGCAACGGCGUACGCCUGAAACGCAUCGUCACCGACAGCUUACACAAACUGACAGACAUGAACCUGAAGGUGAUGGCGUUGAUGUGCGGCACGGACGCGAACUACGUCCAGAUGGCGCAAAUGUUGGGCGUCAGCGCGGAUAAACCGCAGUUCUGGGCGGCGGGCCGUCAGGCGCAUUUCUUGUUCGACGUUCAGAGAUUGUCGCAGGAUCUGUGGAACGCGUUUCUCACUGUCAAGAUCAGGCUUAAUGAUUGCGUCAUCUCUCAGUAUGUGAAGGCCCAAGCUGAACAAUACCCGCAUUUGUUCCCGACGAAAAACUCGAAGGCGUGCAAGGUGGGACGGAACUAUCGCAAGCGGAUUUUCACGGAUAAGCUGCCCGGCGGCAUCUAUACCUACGGCGACAAAAUCCACUCGCGCGACUCGAUUUGCACGAACAAGUUCCUGACCAUCGUAGACAAUUUCAGCACGUUGAUGCUCGACAAGACGGAUAUGUUCCAUGGGUACGCGGACGAGAGAGACCCGAUAGAUGCGUGCUUCGAUCUUUUCAACAAGAUACAACCGGUGGACAAGGAUAUCGACGCUUCGGUCUGCAUCAGGAGAUGGAAGGCGACAGUAAGAAGCAUCGCAAACCUGUGGGAGGAGAUCCGCGGCCUAGGCUUUGCCCGCAUGUACAUCCCGAGCAUGCGCUGUUUUUCCGAAUUUUCCCAACAUCUGCCAGGCAAAGAAAAACAAGAUUUCUACGAUCUUCGCUUAACGCCGAUUCAAUUCACGCGCGCUUUCAUAAACUGUUUCACAAAGGAGUUACUUAAAACGGAACGGACAUGUUCAGAUGAAAAAAUGUCGGAAAACGAUACGAUAUUUUAUGCGAAACUGCUCGAAGCAGCGAACUUGCCGCAAACGAACAAAGAUGAUAAUCUAUUUACCGACGAUAUCGACUACCGUUCAGUCGAAUUCCAUUUUCCGAGCGAUCUUUUGUGCGAAUAUUUGCUGAACAAAUGUCUCCGCCAACAUUCGUGUCCACUUUGCGUGAACUACAUAGCGAUUCAUCGGACGUACAUGCUACAAAAUCCAGAACCUCGAGGCGAUCGUUUCAUCGAAACGCUGGAAAUUUUGCAUAAACCGCACAAAACCUUCUUCGGUUUCGUCGCGGGCAUGGACAGUACGUUCAAGUUGAGUUUCAAAAGCGCCAUCGUUCAUAACUGUACGGUAAAAUAUCUGACGGGACUGUUGAGGAAGCUCAGUUUAGUGCAUCCGUGUUUGAAAUUCCCGUUCAAGUAUGUUACCAAAUUGUACGCCAGGUUGAGGUUGUAUCACACGUUGAAAUAUGUUGACGAUAAGAUCAAACGUAGCGAUGAAUCUUUUCAAAUCAACGAUGGUUUGUUGAUGGAAGCACGCGACACGUUUUAGUUUUCAAAUACUGUAUUUUCAUUUUCAGGUUAAUGAUGGUUACCUUUGCUGUACCUUUGCAAAAUAUAGGUACAGAGAUGUGUUUUACGUUUUAGUUUACGUAUUUGAACAUCGGUUGGGUUCAAGAGAUUAUACAGGGUUUGUCCGGAAAGUAAUAGGACUCAUUUUCUUCCGCCAUGACUGGACUUCGGAGCGUGCACGCACCGACUGGAUUCGGUAGAGGACGUUCCUACAGUAUAUUCAGAUAAGAGAUAGACCGGACAUAAACAAGACCACGUGAUCAUCGAACGCUGUAACAUUCGGCAGGGACGUAUUAAGAGUCACGCAGUACAUAUUUUAGAUAGUAGAUGCUGCUUUGCGU